GCGCCGGCCCCCGCGUCGGGCCGGGGCCGCCGCGAUGGACCCUCCCGCGGGCAUCGCCUGCCUCCUGCUCUGCUGCGCGCUCGCCCUGCCCGCCGGUGCCCUGCGGCGCCCCGGGGACAGAGAUUCAAUCCUGAGGAAUAUAGAGGAGUACAGCCUUGUCAUCCCCACAAGCACCGAUUCAGAGGGCAGGUUUCUAUCCCACUUGGUGUCUGGACCACCAAAAGCACGCUUCAGGAGAGCUGUGGAGGACUUGCAACAUGAAGCAGCAAAUGAGCAGAUAUUUUACAAUGUCACUGUUUUUGGAAGAGAGUUUCACUUCAGGCUGCGGCCAAACUCCAGGCUCGUGGCCCCUGGAGCAACAGUUGAGUGGCAGGAGGACUCUGAGGAGACUCAUAUUGAACCUCUCUAUGGGAAUUGCCUCUAUGUUGGGGAUAUCACUGAUAUGCCAAAUGCUUCUGUUGCUAUCAGCAAUUGUGAUGGAUUGGCUGGCAUGAUCCGCACGGACAAGGACGAGUUCUUCAUCGAGCCUCUGGAGAGGGGGGCCCAGGAGGAGGAAGAAGGAGCAGGCAGAACACACGUGGUCUAUCGCAGAGCUGCUGCCAGGAAGCAGCUUCCCAGUGAGAAUGUGGACACUGUGUACAAAGGCUCCAACCUCACUGCCUUGGACGCUCUGGGCAGCGCCCUGGGCCUCGCUGAGGAGCAGCUGCAGCGCUGGGGGCAGCGCCGCCGGAGGCACGCCGCGGAGGACGACUACAACAUCGAAGUGCUCCUGGGGGUCGAUGACUCCGUUGUUCAGUUCCAUGGGAAAGAACACGUUCAGAAGUACCUGCUGACCUUGAUGAACAUUGUUAAUGAAAUUUAUCAUGAUGAGUCCCUGGGUGCUCACAUUAACGUUGUCUUGGUGAGGAUAAUCCUGCUGAGCUACGGCAAGUCUAUGAGUCUGAUAGAGAUUGGGAACCCCUCACAAAGCCUGGAGAACGUGUGUCGCUGGGCCUACCUGCAGCAGAAACCCGACACUGGGCACGCCGAGUAUCACGACCAUGCCAUCUUCCUCACCAGGCAGGAUUUUGGUCCAUCAGGCAUGCAAGGCUAUGCUCCUGUCACUGGGAUGUGCCAUCCUGUCCGAAGCUGCACUCUCAACCACGAAGAUGGUUUUUCAUCUGCAUUUGUGGUGGCUCAUGAAACUGGACAUGUGUUAGGAAUGGAGCACGACGGCCAAGGCAACCGCUGUGGGGACGAGGUCCGGCUGGGCAGCAUCAUGGCCCCCCUGGUGCAGGCUGCCUUCCACCGCUUCCACUGGUCCCGCUGCAGCCAGCAGGAGCUGAACCGCUACCUCCACUCCUACGAUUGUCUGCGGGAUGAUCCCUUCGAACACGACUGGCCCUCCCUCCCACAGCUGCCAGGGAUUCACUACUCCAUGAAUGAGCAGUGCCGGUUUGACUUCGGUCUGGGAUACAUGAUGUGCACAGCUUUCCGUACAUUUGAUCCCUGCAAGCAGCUGUGGUGUAGCCACCCCGAGAACCCCUAUUUCUGCAAGACAAAGAAAGGGCCUCCGCUGGACGGGACCAUGUGUGCACCAGGGAAGCAUUGCUUUAAAGGUCACUGCAUCUGGCUCACACCAGACAUCCUGAAGCAGGAUGGACACUGGGGGGCAUGGAGCAAGUUUGGCUCUUGUUCCCGCACGUGUGGCACCGGGGUGAAGUACAGGACCCGGCAGUGUGACAACCCACAUCCUGCCAACGGAGGCCGCACGUGUGUGGGGCCAAGCUAUGAAUUCCAGCUGUGCAACACCCAGGACUGCCCCAAGGACUUGGAGGAUUUCAGAGAGGAGCAGUGCCGGCAGUGGGACCCCUACUUUGAGUACCAGAACACCAAACACCACUGGCUCCCCUAUGAACAUGUUGAUGCCAAGGAGAGGUGCCACCUGUACUGCGAAUCCAAGGAGACAGGGGAUGUGGUGUACAUGAAGAGGAUGGUGCACGACGGGACCCGCUGCUCCUACAAGGAUGCUUACAGCAUCUGCGUGAGGGGAGACUGCCUCAAAGUUGGGUGUGACAGGGUCAUAGGUUCCACGAAGCAGGAAGAUAAGUGUGGUGUCUGUGGAGGAGAUAAUUCCCACUGCAAAGUGGUGAAAAGAACAUUUUCAAGAGUACCAAAAAAGCAAGGGUACGUUAAGAUGUUUGAAAUUCCUGCUGGUGCAAGACAUUUACUUAUACAGGAAACAGAUGCCACCACUCAUCAUCUUGCUAUUAAAAAUCGUGAAACGGGGAAAUUCAUUCUAAGUGAGGACAACUAUGUGCCAGACUCCAAAGUAUUUAUUGACAUGGGUGUGGAGUGGGAAUAUCGGAAUGACGACGACAGAGAAACGGUGCAGACCAUGGGGCCGCUGCGCCAUGGAAUAGUUAUCCUGGUGAUUCCUCAUGGUGGUGCCAAGAUAUCUUUGACUUACAAGUACAUGAUCCAUGAAGAUUCCUUGAAUGUAGAUAACAAUAAUGUUUUGGAAGAGGACUCAUUGUCAUAUGAAUGGGCUUUGAAGAAAUGGUCCCAGUGUUCAAAACCUUGUGGAGGAGGCUACCAGCUCACCAAGUACGGCUGCCGCAGGAAGACGGACCACAAGAUGGUUCAUCGCAGCUACUGCGAGCUGAUCCAGAAGCCCAAACCCAUCCGCAGGGUGUGCAACCUCCAGGAGUGCUCCCAGCCCAUAUGGGUCACAGGGGAAUGGGAGCCUUGCAGCAAAUCCUGUGGAAAGACAGGGUAUCAGGUGCGGUCUGUGCGCUGCAUCCAGCCCCUGCACGACAACACAAAUCGCUCUGUCCACACCAAGUACUGCAACAACGACCGCCCCGAGGGCAGGAGGCCCUGCAACAGGGAGCUGUGCCCAGCUCAGUGGAGAAUAGGACCCUGGUCACAGUGCUCUGUCAGCUGUGGCAAUGGCACCCAGGAUCGCCCGGUCCUGUGCCGGACCAGGGACAAUGUCAUCGGCCUGUGCAAGGAGAAUAAACCUGAGACCGUCAGGAUUUGCAGACUACCUCCGUGUCCCAGAAACGUUUCUGAUCCUUCAAAGAAAACCUACAUGAUACAAUGGCUGUCAAGACCUGAUCCAGACUACCCCAUCCAGAAAAUAUCUUCAAAAGAUCAUUGUCAAGGAGACAAGUCAAUGUUUUGUCGCAUGGAAGUUCUCUCCCGUUACUGCUCCAUUCCCGGGUACCAUAAGCUGUGUUGCAAGUCCUGCAACAUGUACAGCAACGUAACAGAGGAUGGCAAUGUAACCAGUGCCAAUGUAAAUAAGAAUAAUGCCAUUGAGGAGGAGCUCCUGACAACCCUCAGCCCUCCCGUGGGAGUGUCCACCACACAGUCUGCCACCAGCCCUCCUCUGCUUUCCAAAACACGUGCACCCCCUUCCAAUGCCACUGAGGAGCACCCAGAAAUCAAUGCAGUGGAUGUUCCCUACAAAGUUGAUGGCUUGGAUAAUGAAGUACCACAGCACAACAUCAUUACACGGAGGAGGCCUUAUGAAAGGACAAGGAAUCAAAGAAUUCAGGAGCUGAUCGCUGAGAAAAUGAAAAGAGAGACUCUUAGGAAAAUAAACUAAAAUGGAAAUAUGGCACGAACAACAUUUUUCUCUUAUAGAGAUGUUACCAACUUCGUAGUAUUGGCCAUCGUAGAGACUAAGAAUGGGGGAAAAUCGAAGUGGUGCUAUGGCAGAGAUACCAAAUUCUCAAGCCUACUAUAAAUGGGAAUGACAGAUUGUUUCAUAAGUGCUAAUCUGAACACUUUGAUGGCUAGGUUAGGUGUACAGGGUACGGCAGAGUAUUAGUGCAAUAUCCCUACAGUGUCCCACUGAAUCCAAACAAACCGUGUUACUUAGGUCAGGUUAGCAAUUUUCUCAGUUACAGGCUCUUUAAAGUCUUCUACACCUACAUAAAACUGCUUGGGAAUAGUAAAGGGAGUCACACUUAGUAUGGCAGAAAGCAGUCCCAAGAAAAUAAAUCCCUUUAACUCUGACAAGCAGGGGGUCAGCACUCCUGUGAUGCUUCUGUGCCUAGCACAAAGCCUGGCACUAACACAGCCAGCUUCGGGAAGGCUCUUAGGACAUGCCAGGCUGGGUUUGGCUGACCUUGGCAGAGCUGCCUCUGGUCACAGCUCGGCAUGUGCUCACGUAGCUUCCUGAACCAGGACUGUGUAAGAAAAUACAGAGAAAACUCUGUAGCCAUAUAUUUAUGUGUAAAUUAAAAACUGACAAACAGUAGUUUACAUACUUCCAUAAACAAUUUCAAAGGAUUCUCCUAAACUUUUGGACACAUGCAAGACAUUUAGUAGGGUAGAUCUGGCCAACUUGGACUGACAACAUUCUAGUCUUUCUGUUUACAAUUAUCCAUAUUUUUUAUAAUCUUUAAGUUCCUGUAAUGCAACAGCCUCAGUGAUCCUUAUUGGUCGGUGCUUUUUUUAUUGGUCUGAUUUUUUUCUACCCACAUUCUGUUUAACUUAAAGAUGACUGGAUUCUUGUUGUCUUUUCUUUGGUGCUUUGUUAAGAAAAACUUUUUUUUCCCCCCACAUAGGAUGCAGUUAUUUUUGAGGAAUUAAUUUUGUAUUAUCUUCCUUUCCUUAGGACAGCUUUAAUGGUGCAGAAGUGAACAACUGUUUGCUGUGCCCUUACAUGAACACACACACAUACACACACAUUGUGUAUUCACAGCACUAGGUCUGCUAGAAAACUUUAAGAUGUGUAACCUGACAACCCUUUGAGUACUUUUUUCCCCCUCAGGGUCAUCAUGGUUUUCACAGGUCAUUUUGAAUUCCUGGUUGGAGAACAGAAGAUGAACUCAGCUUGGCUCUAACACUGCUGAGACAGGGAGCAUGGACUGGUUCCUGCUGUGGGUGGCAUCUGAGCAGAUUUUUUCCUGGCUUGGAUUCUUCCAUUUGUUUCUUCUUUGCUGGUAAAUCUCCUGCAGAGUCCGGGGCUUCCCUGAAAUCCUCUCUUUACCACUAGGUAGGUUUGGUGGCUCCAAGUUCAUAUUUUCCAGUCUGAGAGGAAGAUCUCACCCUCCAGCCUGAGCUGGUUCUGGUUUGAAGCAGCACCAGCAAUAAGCCCAUAUAUAGAGUCACAAAAUUAUUGGGAAUGUGCUUCAUUCCCAGCAGUGAGUGAGCUCUUCCCUGGUCCAGCUGCUGGCAAAGAGCUUCACAAGUACUGCAAGGUGAAGAACGUGUGACUCUCUGUGACUUACCUUCUGCCCUUGACCACCACGACUGAAUGAACUGCCCAGUCUCCUCUUCCAAACGAGCCAUUCCUGCUGGAAAGGAGGCAAGAGCCUGCAGGAACCUCAGGCUUUACAGCACCUACACGUGGAACUGUUUUGGCCUGAACUGUGGCUAGAAGUUUCUGAAGCACAAGCCUGGUCUAAGAAAAAUUCUUCAUGGAGAUACUAGCCCAAGCAGAGAAGGAAUGUUUUCAGCUGGGAUGUGGCAUCCAGUGCUCCUUCUUACACAGGGUCAGGGUGAUACACUUGGAGCAGCUCGGUGCAGGGAUGAGAGAUACCCUGAAGACAAGGAUAACUGGGAAGCCAAACAGGCCUGCUAAGAGUCCAGAGCAUCAGGAAACGUCUCCUGGGCCAAGCAGACGUGGCUGCAGAUGUGGAAGCAGCAGCAAGUACAAGCAAAAAUCUGUUCUGGUUUGUAGAAGUAAAAUUCAGGCCGUGCAGUUUGGCAGCACAGUGGGAUCAGUUCCACCAUAGAUUUUCACUCCUGGGACAUGGAGUGUUCUCCUGCAGUCGAAGGGUGCUUGUCCUUGGUGCCCUGUCCCAGCCCAGCUCCAUGACCUGCUGGCUGUCACACAGCCACGGUGUGCAGGCAAGCCCCAGGAACCUUGUGCCAAGGGAUUUGUGGUUGCCUACAUCUGGGACAAGUUCUAAUAACAGUGUAGGGUCAGGUCACAUCUGUGCACAGCAGCAACGUAGUAAUGAGACUGAAGGGAAAAAAACCCCACCAUUCUAUUUAUAAGCAAGGAAGAUGUGUCUAAAUCAAGAUCAUUCCAGCUGCUGUGCCAUGGGAGACACAAGCUGUAGCCAGCCAGGCUCCCAGCCUGUAGUCAUAGUAUUUCUUGCCUUCCACGUUUCCUUUACACAGAUGUGGUUAGUAUAAAACUCAUCUUUUCCCCUUCAAGUUAGUAUCUUUUUAGCUCUGUGGACAAUAAAAAAACCACAACCCCCAGCUUUUUCAUAGACUAGGAAGCUCAUCCAAGCAUAUGAAACUUAGAAAAAAAUCUUACAAAGCCAAAGAUAGAAAGGGUUGGAGCUGGAUUUAUGCAGAUGGGGAGGUAAAGUUUGCUGCCUGGAGGGUACCAGUCUAACCCUCUGGGACUUUUUCAAGACCCAUUUCUCCAAUCUCCUGAGGUAACUCAUCUAAUAGAUUCUGUUCUGCCCUAGCUUCUGGAAUAGGCUUAGUCAACCAGGCAG